AGUAUCCUCCCCUGUUCUUUUGAAUUUGAAUAAUCUUUGACCAAACUGCUUAAGACAUGUUUCAUUUUCUCCUUUUCAAGUUGCGGACUGAAAGCUAGAGCCGUGAUUAAAGAACGCGAGUUACUUUACAUGCAAAUUAUCUGCAGCUGCGAUUCUUUCCCUCCUGUCCUCUUGGCGAUUCACAGCCACACCACUGUGAUUCGGGUUCGGGGCGCGGGCUCUCCCAGGACCCCGUGGACCUCUGCCUCUCGGCUUCAAUUCGUAAAGGCCGUCUAUCCUUCAUUGUCGUUUCCAAAUCUCCUGCAGAUGAAUUUGUUCAUAAACUACAGCAGUUAUGCUGUUCAAUCAUCCACCAUUUCAAACUUCAAACAUCCCCACAAGACUACCAACGCCCAUGGUAAAUAUAAUAGAGUUCCCACCAGAAUGCCCAAGUGUUCAUCCAAGGAUCUUCGUGGAGAUCAUGGCUUGUUGUCGAGAACAGAUAAUGAUGGGAGCCUUCAAGUUAUGACACUUGCAAAUGCUUUUGCAGCUACCACAUGGAUAUUCAGGUAUAUAACUAUAAAAAAUUUCUUACUUCUGAUGUUUUUAGUGGCAAAUUUGUUUGCUGCAGACACCACAAAGGCAUUAGCUGCAGAGGAUGUAUUUGGUGGAGCUGAUUCUGCUUAUACUUUAGCUGAUGGGGGCCUUGGAGAUUGGUUUGGAGGCUUCCUAUAUUCAGCUGGACAACAAGCGAAUGAAGCUGUUCAGGACCAGCUAUCAGCUCUCAGCUUCACUAGUCUGGCAGUCAUUUUUGGGGCAGGGCUCAUAACUAGUCUCUCUCCUUGCACAUUAAGUGUUUUACCACUGACCCUUGGUUACAUAGGGGCAUUUGGUUCUGGGAAAAGCAGAAUAGGGAUAAUUGUGGAUUCAGUUGCAUUCUCAUUAGGACUGGCAACUACACUGGCGAUCCUAGGGGUUGGUGCCUCAUUUGCUGGAAAGGCAUAUGGACAGAUAGGACAGGGACUGCCUUUGGCUGCUUCUGGUUUGGCUGUAAUUAUGGGUCUAAAUCUACUGGAGAUAAUUGAACUACAACUCCCCUCAUUUUUCAACAACUUUGAUUCCCGGGCUGCUGCUGCUAAUUUCCCUUCAAGUGUGCAAGCAUAUUUGGCUGGGCUUGCAUUCGCAUUGGCUGCAUCGCCUUGUAGUACUCCUGUACUGGCCACUCUGCUUGGAUAUGUAGCCACAUCCAGGGAUCCCAUAAUUGGGGGCAGCUUGCUAUUGACCUACACAACUGGAUAUGUUGCUCCUCUACUUCUGGCUGCUUCAUUUGCUGGAGCAUUGCAGAGCCUGCUUUCCUUCCGCAAGUUUUCAGCAUGGAUUAAUCCUAUGAGUGGCGCACUCCUGUUAGGUGGGGGACUUUAUACCCUGUUGGAUAGGCUUUUCCCGACCACAAUGGCUAUGUAAAAAAUAUUGUGCGGUAGAAUUAUCAUACCAAAACAAAAUCUAAUUUGACUUUUAUGGUGAUAGAUGCAAAAUUUACGGCAUUCCUAGUAAGAGAAUUGAAUUUUCAAUUUCUCAAUGCCGCGUAAGAAAUGAAAUGCAUUAAAAGAACAAUUAAUUAUCAGGAAAAAAUGCCUGAAAUUUAAUAUUGCACAAA